AUGGCGAAGGCAGCUAAUAGUGUGUCCCUCCUGAAAUCACGUAAUUAUAAUGGCCUGUAUUUAGAGGAGCGCAUACACGGCUAUCCUUCUUGGUCCAACGAAAUUGAUACUGAAAUGGAAACGGAGACUGAAAGAGAAACGGGAAACAAAAGUUUAUACGGCAUCAAUAAACAAAACGAGGAGUAUAACUGUAAAGAGAAAAUGAAUAAGGAAAUAAAUAAAAAAAACCAAGUAAACCGCAAGAAAGAACAAGAAUUUAUAGGAAAUUGUAGACAGUUCUAUAAUAGCUCUGUUAAAAACAGUUUGCCGAAUAAUGGGGAUUUCAUGCACUUGAAAAUAAACGAUAAAAUUGUUGAUAUAUUUGAUCAGAGAAUUAUAGGCGGAAAAAAUGCUCCCAGAAAUAAGUAUAAUUAUAUUGAUCAGCAUUCCAACAUUACGCUUCUUCCUACCACUCCCAAUCUGAAAGAGGAGGAUGGAACAGAAUAUGUUAAAAAAGCAACAGCCAGUUUUAUCCGCUCUCCUGAAAAAGAUAUUCUUGCCACAAGCGUCAUUUACGACUGUUCCUUAGCCUCAAUCCAGACCGCCCACAAGUCACUAUCCCUUAAGGAGCGCAGUCCUUCCCUUGAUGAUACAUCGCAUAUACAAAGUUACAAUCGCCCUGUCCAAUCGUGUAGCUUGAAUGUAAAUCCCAAACAAGCUGGCAUAUCUGAUCGAAUGGAGUUUUGCCUGAGAUUGACCGACUCCUCGGUUAUCGAUGGUACCUCUCAAAGACCGUCCGGAGCAGGCCUUAGUCACUCCCUUCGCUGCCAGGAUAUCACAAUAACUCCAACCAGAAGAAGCACAAAUUUUAAUAGUGUUGAAUUUGCAAAUGUUCUUGACCCGCAUCAUGGCGUGAUCACGAAAGAUCUGUUUCACGAGCAGCUAAGCCACUUGUUGGCCUGUCUUGAAAGCAUAUUGGUAAGCUAUCUUCUUGGCUAA